AUGAAGAUCAGAAGGUUCGUGGUUGGAGAGUGGGUCUUAUUGAAGGUUUUACCCAUGAAGGGUGUGAUGAGAUUUGGGAAGGAGGACAAGUUGAGCCCAAGGUAUAUCGGUGAGGUGGCGUAUGAGUUGGCUUUGCCACCUAGUUUGUCGGGUGUUCACUCCGUAUUUCAUAUUUCAAUGUUGAAAAAGUAUCAUCAGGGUGGUGCUCAUGUGAUUCAAUGGGAUUCGGUGUUACUUGAUCAAAAUUUGACUUUUGAGGAGGAGCCGGUAACCAUUUUGGAUAGGCAAAUUCGAAAGUUGAGGUCGAAAGAGAUUGCUUCAGUAAAGGUUCAAUGGAAGUAUCAUCCAGUUGAGGAGGCUACAUGGGAGAUCGAGUCAGACAUGAGGAGUGUAUAUCCUCAGCUUUUUGAGCGUUCAG